GCAGUCGCUACCCACCGGGUCGGAGGGUGGACAGGAAAAGGACGCUAGGAAGUUGGGGCUGUGAGGAGAGGGCAAAGACUCGGCUACUUGAGGCUUGGCAGCGGGAACAGGAGAGGGCGAGGACAGCUAUGGGAAGCGCGGAUGUUGAGCUCGCUAACCGGAGGCCCGGGGAGGCUAGGCGGACUUGCUUGAUUGAGUGUGGUAAAGGAUCGAGAAAGUAAUAGGCUGCCUUGGAUACUGACGAAAGAAGGCUUCAGAAGGCUGAAGGGAUUGUGGGUCGCCAAGGACGAAAACUAAUCUGUUUGUAAUCCGAGGCUGUAGGUGGAGCCCAGUAUCCAACCCCAUCAGUCACAUUGUCAGCUUUGCAAAUCAGCUUUGCAUCAUUCUUCCCGGCUUGUGCCCAGUUGCUAAGGGCGGAGAAGUGGAGUAAAUAGUCCACAGAUGGUCAAACGGAAACCCUCAGCUGGCUCAGCAUUUAAAAUUGCCCAGCGCUCAAAAACAACGUAGGGAGGAGAAGCAGCUUGAGGCCUCACUAGAUGCACUGCUGAGUCAAGUGGCUGAUCUGAAGAAUUCACUGGGGAGUUUCAUCUACAAGCUGGAAAACGAGUAUGACCGGCUAACCUGGCCCUCUGUUCUGGAUAGCUUUGCAUUGCUCUCUGGACAGCUGAACACUCUGAACAAGGUCUUAAAACAUGAGAAGACACCCCUGUUCCGUAACCAGGUCAUCAUCCCUCUGGUGCUGUCCCCAGACCGAGAUGAAGACCUCAUGCGUCAAACUGAAGGACGGGUGCCUGUGUUCAGCCACGAGGUUGUCCCUGACCAUUUGAGAACCAAGCCCGACCCUGAAGUUGAAGAGCAAGAGAAGCAGCUGACCACAGAUGCUGCCAGAAUUGGUGCGGAUGCAGCUCAGAAGCAGAUCCAGAGCUUGAAUAAAAUGUGUUCAAACCUUCUGGAGAAAAUCAGCAAAGAGGAACGAGAAUCAGAGAGUGGAGGUCUGCGGCCAAACAAGCAGACUUUCAACCCUGCAGACACUAAUGCCCUAGUGGCAGCUGUUGCCUUUGGGAAGGGGCUGUCUAAUUGGAGACCCUCAAGUAGCAGUGGUCCUGGCCAACCCGGCCAGCCAGGAGCUGGUACUAUCCUUGCAGGAGCCUCGGGAUUACAGCAAGUUCAGAUGGCAGGUGCUCCCAACCAACAGCAGCCAAUCCUCAGCGGAGUCCAGAUGGCUCAAGCAGGUCAACCAGGGAAAAUGCCAAGUGGGAUAAAAACCAACAUCAAGUCAGCCUCAAUGCAUCCCUACCAGCGGUGAGUGUGGGCAGCAGCCUCCGCUCUCAGGUGAUCUGUGCUGAGUUGAGCAAUGAAAUUUAUCUUUUGCUCAAGGCUUACCUAGACAGGUACAAUAGAAAGAACACAGGCUUUCAGCAAGAGACAGAUCUCCGCUCCAGUGUGAAUAGCCAUGCGACCUUGGGAAAGUGACCUAAUUUUUCUGAGCCUGUGUUCUCAUUUGUAAUGGUGAUAAUACCUACCUCAUAGGGUUGUUGUGAGGAUUAAAAUGGGAAAAUGAAUGUAAAACACUUAGCAUGGUAUAUGAAAUACUGGGUCUUGAAUAAAUGAGUUUCUUACUUUUCCACCCUGCCAUUCACUGUCCUAUACCCAGAACUUACUGUGAUUUGCUACAGCUUGUGACAGUGGCGAGCUAAUGGACACAGGAUCAAGUAAUCCAGGAACCAUGGCAGCCUGUAUGUGUUGGAGGCAUAUUGUCUCUGUAGUUGCCUCCUGUUCAGGUCCCAUCCUGCUAGCCCUAAGCUAAAGAUGAAGAGGUUUCUGGGGAAUACUGUCCACCUACAGGUCUAAUGAAGUCAGCUCAGCUUUUACCUGGGAAAUAGGUAAAAGUCUCCAUCUUUUACCCUCCUCUGCUUAGGAAGAUGUCUAGGGAACAGCAGUGGGAGAUUUCUUAGGAAGUGUCCCUGUCAGGUAGCAGCACAGAUAAGAUACUGUCUUCCUCCUCUGAGGGGAAUUGUGCUUCACACUGACAAUCGUCAGGGUUCACUUGUCCCCACAAUAACUACUCUUCCAUGUCACUAAACGUGUGGCUCAGAUAAGAUCUGGAUUGAAAGUGGGAAGGGCAGCAGCCCCAUUCAUCUUGCUUGCUUUUGUAGAGUUGACAAACAGUGGACUUUUGGACAGCCAGCCAUGUUGCCUUUCUCAGCAUUCUUUUGUGGGCAAGGGCAGGGAUUGAGUCAGCAGAAGUGGGCCAAAGGGUUUCUUUGUUCAAUAAAGAUAUUUAAAUUGA